GCAAAUGAACAAUAAAUGUUUGACAUGGGUAUGGAUGAAAUGGCUGUGCUCGUAUUGCGCGUCCCCAGGGAGGGACAUCGGAGUCAACAAUUUAUCUAGUCUUAUAAUGUAAAUUGUAUGGGAACAAAAUGUGUCCCAAUUCCUGAGUCUGCCCAGCUCUGGGUGAAUACAGCCGAACGUAAUUAUGCAGCAAUAAACAUUUGAACCAAUGCAAUCGAAGAGUUUGAUGGAGCAAUUCCAGCUGUUAGAAAAGGAAAGUGCACCGGCGUGACGAGUAUGCUUUUUAUCACCGUGGCAACCUUGUUCUUUAUUUGUAAUUCCAAAGCAGUGGGUUUUGGAGGAGAUGAUUCCUGUCUGAAGAAGUUUGUAGAGAAUGGCACCGUUCUUGAGGUGGCCUGUGUGGCGCGCUCCAGGUGGAAUUUCUUCGAUUUUCGUCUCUGGUCCCUAAAGCAAAACCAAUCAGCUAUCCAUCUGAACAUCUCCUGUGAUGGGGGGACACUGGUCCUCAGCCACCCGUUACAGGCCGGAAAUCUGACCCAACUAAGGGUAACAAACUGCGUAAAAAUAGAGGGAAUGUUUGCAAACUUUUCGGAACUAGACCCCUCGCCGACAGUCGCGUACACAACAUUAAAAGUUCUGGAGAUUACUAAUUCGUCAUACCUCUACAAUGAAACCAGUAUUUUGCAACAGGCUGAAAAUUUUCAGACUAUGUAUGGUUGUGUGACCGUCUUUCCGCGAGGACUUCGUGUUCUGAAACAGAGUAAAACAAAAUUUGAAGGAGAUUUCGAAGGAUUCCAAAUAUUGGCUGACGGAAACAUUUGUAAUUAUGAUAGUCUGGAAGUGUACGAAAAGUCAGUGUUUUGGUCCAAGUUUGGUUCUGCUAGCGAAGAUUCAGAAAACGAAAUAUUUUACUUUCUGCGCUCUGGAAAUUUCAAGAACUUGCGGAUUGCGAAUUUUUCGAAUUCAAAUUUGAAAUUCAUUCCGUCCCAUUUCACAGAGUACAAUUGGUCUCGUCGGUUUAAAUCAAUAGAAAUAAUAGAUCUUUCUUAUAACAGAAUAAAAGAGGUCCCUUAUCUACGGAGACCACACCACUGGGGAGUAAAAAUGAUAUUGCAACACAAUGAAAUAUCUAGAAUCACCACGACCUUGCUAGAUAAACUUCGCCAGGUUUAUAUCAUGCUGGUGGAUAUAUCCCAGAAUGAUUUCUCCUGCACCUGUGAGAGUGAACUCGACACCAUACUUCGCUUCGUCAAGAACCAGUUAGAAGAACCCUGGGCAAGUCCCUAUGGUUAUCUUGCAAAUGAAGUUUGUUCAUCUCCUCCAAAAUUGCGGGGAAUCUCUCUGAAAUCCCUCAACUCCAUGCUUCUUUGUCCAGAUAAGUCUGUGGAAUAUCCAAAGAUCUCGUUCAUUAUAUUGAUUGUACUCACUUCGGUAGCCAUCAUCUGUAUUGUUAUCAAGUUUAGAAAGGAAAUCAAGAUUCUUACCUACACAAGGCUCGGCCUUCGGCUGUGGAGGAUGCGAAGAAAUGACGUCCUUCUUUCAAAGGAGUAUGACGCUUUCGUUUCGUACAGCACUUUAGACGAGAGUUGGGUGCUGGGGACGCUUUGUAAGCGCCUUGAGGAACACCGCCCCCCGCUGAGACUCUGUCUUCACCACAAGCACUUUAUUCUUGGAGCUUGUAUAUCUGACAACAUUAUAGAAAGCGUGGAGAGGAGCAGACACACCAUUAUUGUAUUGUCCGAAAACUUUCUACAGAGCGAGUGGUGUCUACUGGAAUUCCGCAAGGCUUUCCAUCAAACCCUGCUGGAAAGAACUCGUCAUUUGAUUGUUGUCUUAAUGAGCAAUAUUAACAUGGACACGGUAGAGCCGGAAAUGAAGCAUUUUUUGAGAACUCACACGUACCUGAAACGACACGACUUUCUGUUCUGGGAUCGUCUUAUUUAUGCUGUUUCAGACACUGAGUCCCAAAUGUCCGAGAGAAAAACACCGUCUGCUGGACAAGAAGAGACCGUGGACAAUAUGGAGGAUAUCCCUCUAAAAUCAAAGGAUUUAGAUCUGUGACUAGAGCAUAACGCUCGAGCGCGUGCUGGUAUUCAUUUUCAUUAAUUUCAUGGUAUCACUCGUUCAAAGUAAGGAAUAAAUGUCUACAGAGUUGGGUUUUUUUAAAUGGUGGAAUGGAAGGAAAUAGUGAAUUUGCAGAAAGUGGCCCCACUUUUAUUUUCCUCAUAAUACAAACAAUCUAGACAUAUCUAUUUUGUGAUAAAAAUUAUUUUCAUAUACAUUUGUAAGAUGCUGAGCUUUAAUGUAGAGUUGAAAUAAACACAGUGUUACAAC